ACUGGGAUCAGGCGUUCACUGGGCCCACAUUUGAUUAAAAAAAACAACCACCAGGGUCGGAGGGUCCAAUAUUUACCGCCCCGCGAUUCGAAAAAAUCAUCAAAGGAAGGGAAGAGAAGUCUGCAGAGGAAGAAAAGAGAGCGAAGGGGGUUAAACCGCGGACCGCGGAGGCGGAGCAAAGCACACGCCAUCCAUCCCUGGCCCGUCUGCCGUCGCAGUCCCAGUCGCCCUCCUCUUCGUCUGUGGUCUCCACCCCGCGCACACGCACAGUUCGUCGACGCGAGCGAGGGCCAGCCGUCCAGGGCACGGAAGUGGGAGCCCGCAGCUUCUCGUCGGCGGGGGGUGGGGGCUGAGGUGAGCCACUCCCCUCCCCGCUUAUUCGGAUCCUCUCUCGCCCAAUCCCCCGGUCGCGGGAGUGAUCUAGUGGUUUCGUGGUCUGCGGCGCGGCGGGGCGGGGUUCGAGAUGGAGGACUUGCUGAACACGGAGAUCGGGAAGAACGACUAUGACUGGCUUCUGACACCCCCUGGAACACCUCGUGAUCCUACAUUAGAUGCUGCUGAGAAAGCUCCAUCAUCAAUUGUGACUAAACAUACUGUUACCAGAUCAUCCUCGACAACUAGAGCAUCUAGGCUUUCCACUUAUGAGACAGAGAAUGGGCAUUUGACAUUUCCCACUAGGCCAGCACGGAGUAUAUCUGUCUCUUGCCGGGCAGUUCAAUCUACACCAAACAACAUCAGGUCAUCAAUCGUCAAUGCAAACAUUUCCUCUGUUAAUUCAAGAUCUACAACCCAAAGCAAGCGGACAGCCACUCUUACUGCAUCAAAGCCAUCUGUUGCAUCGUCACGUCCAGUGCCAACACGGUCCUCUACACCUGUCGAAGCCCGUCUGUCUACACCAACCCAUACUCAUCCAUCUACUCCAGUGAAAAAGCGUCCUUCUGUGUCCAACUCUAUGGCCAACUCCGCUGUUCCCAAGAACACGUCAGCACCAUGCUCAAGAUCAUCAACUCCAACCUCUCGGUCUCGAACCUUGUCCAGUUCAUCUUCAAGCAGUACAAGUGCAGUGAGCCGUCCCAGCUCAUCCUCUGGUAAAGUUCCUGCAAUAACUUAUAGCAGUUCUUCAUCAAGUACAGUUUCUUCAGUGAGCCGUUCUAGCUCUCGGUCAUCCACACCCACUCGUCAGCCUGCCAUGCGUUCAUCAACACCAUCUGCUAGGCGGAUUUCUGGCAGCAAUAACAUGACAUCUAAUGGCAGACCCUUAGCCAGCAGUGGUCGGAGUUCAGCACCUUCCUCAGCGCCAUCAUCUCGUCCAAGUUCCCCAAAUAUACGGACGCAAGCUCCAGUUCACCCACUAGGUAUUCCAGAUUUUCCAAAUGAAACUCCACCAAACUUAAGGGCUAAACUGCCAGAACGACCACUCUCUGCUGGUAGAGUACGGCCAGGUAUUACUUCUGGUGUCAGGUCAACCCCAAAUCCUGAACCGGUCCUCUCAGUCACUGUAAAAAAGAUGUCUGUACCUGCUAUUACUCGAAGUAAGUUCUCAGAUGUACAAUCAAAGACAUCUCUUACCAAUAGUCACCAAAGUAGGCCGAGCGAAAGAUCUCUUUUGGAAGGUCAAACAACUAGAACUUCGCGGUCUGUCGCAGCUGCAGACAAUGGAUUCGGUAGGACGAUAUCGCGGAAGUCACUUGACAUGGCUAUCAGGCAUAUGGACAUUCGACAAAAUUUGGGUGGCAUCCGUGGUGCAUCUCUAUUCCCUCAUAGCAUUCGCUCUACUACUACCAAGAGCCGGCCAGCUAGAGCCUCAGAUCCAGGCCAUUGCAUCUCAAAUGGUGACCGAUGCUUCACAGAUAACGGCAGUAGCAACGGGCACUUCUCUGGAGAUUCUAAUGGCACUCUUUCACACAACGGCGGCAGCUCAAUUGGUUCCCCUGAUAGUGGAAAAAAAGAGGUUCUGAGUGAACUGGAUAUAUAUGCCAAUUCACGAUACGAUGCGAUGUUGCUGAAGGAGGACUCCAAGAACAUGAGUUGGUUGCACAGCGUGGACGACAAGUCUGACCAGAGCCCAGUGUUUGAUCAUAGGUUCGAGCCGCUCCCUGAGCCAUUCGGUCCGCUAUGAGCUGUUUAUACUAGUCAUAAAGAUUCCACUCGCUUUGUUCGUCACUUGCUGUUAAAGGUUUUAUGCUUGUCUCUUUCUGUUUGGCCUAUCUCCCCCAUCUUUUUUAUAGAUCUGCUAGGGCAGAUAAAGAUCGUGGGGUUUGUACUUGUUCUCCUUUGAUAGCUGGAGUCUCGAUUUCGAGUGACUUGUGCGGGAAUAACAUAUAUACUCAAUCCCCAUCCUUGGCUAUCAUUUUGAUUAUAUGUUUGAAGUUUCAACUGUUUGCAGUUGGAUGAUGUGGAUCAUAAAACCA